CCUACUAAUGAUACCCAAUCAGCUAAUUACACGUUUUUUUAUUGUACAGUUUCUUUGUAAGCAUGCAGAAACUUCUUGUGGUAUUUUGACUAUAUUGUCCCAUUUCGAUCAGCAAUCUUAUAUAUUUAUAUACGGCGGAUUGUAAUUUAGAGAAAGGGUACUAUCAUCAGCUGCUCGGGAAGGACUCGGACAAGUUCUCCCUCUUCAAUUUUCUGCUUGUUUUCUUCAAGCAGUUAUGACAUUAAAGGUAGCACUGGCAGCAGUUGUAUGUCUCGUAGGCUGGGCAUAUGUUGCAAUAAUUAAGCCGCCUCCCGCCAAAGUUUGUGGAACACCAGGAGGCCCUCCUGUUACUUCUCCGCGAGUGAGACUCUCUGAUGGCAGACAUUUAGCUUACAAAGAGGAGGGAGUUCCGAAAGAAAACGCCAAGUACAAAAUCAUAACAAUGCAUGGCUAUGCUAGUUCCAAAGAAUUCAAUCUCAUUUUUUCUCAGAAACUCAUAGACGACCUCCAGAUAUAUCUGCUGUCAUUUGAUAGAGCUGGUUAUGGAGAUAGUGAUCCAAAUCCAAAGCGCUCAGUAAAGAGCGAGGCAUUUGAUAUACAAGAACUGGCAGACAUAUUGAAGAUCGGCUCUAAGUUUUAUGUCAUUGGAGUAUCAAUGGGAGGAUACUCUGCUUGGAGUUGCUUAAAAUACAUACCACACAGAUUGUCAGGAGCUGCACUAGUCGUUCCAGUUGUGAACUUCUGGUGGCCCAGCGUUCCUACAAGUCUGUAUAAAGAAACCUUGGGUUCUCUAACCUUUCAAGACCAAUUGGCAAUCCGGGUUUCUCAUUAUGCUCCUUGGCUCUAUUACUGGUGGCUAACUCAAAAAUGGUUCCCUACCUUCUCCAUCGGUCAACCUAACAGCCCCCUUUUCAGUUACUCGGAUCAUGAGGCAUUUAAGAAUAUGCUUAGCAUCAUAGGAAGUAAGAAGUUGACGAAUGAUAAAGCACGACAGCAAGGUGAUUACGAGUCUUUGGUCCGGGACAUGAUUACUGGGUACGGAAACUGGGAGUUUGAUCCUACUGAAAUUGCAAAUCCUUUCCCUAACAAUGAAGGCUCAGUUCACAUUUGGCAAGGCUUUGACGAUAAGAUAAUUCCAUAUCAACUUAAUCGUCAUAUCUCAGAAAAGCUUCCAUGGGUUCGAUACCAUGAGAUUCCUGAUAGUGGACACCUUUUGGCAUUUAAAGGCAACAAUUCUGAUGUCAUUUUGCAAGAAUUAGUACUUGGAUGAAAUAGAAGUUUCCCGUAGUGGUAAGUUGGUAUUCUUGAUCAAUAAAUUGCCUUUCUGAUUGUAAUCCGUGUGACUGAUUUAUGUAUUCGCUCAGUCUUGAUUCCUGGUGGGUACUUCUGAUUUAUGUAUGCAUGAAACUUUUUAAGAUAAGCUAAUUCCAUAUAAAUGAAAUUGUUCUGCUUCGCAUAA